CCUGCCGUCAGCAGAGCACAGACGGUCCAAACCGGAGCAGCGCGCUGCAAGCGAAGCGCUGCGGGAGGCGAGAAAAAGCGUCCAACCGAUCCAUCCGCACCACUGAGAAGGAACAGGAGGAGGAAGAGGAGGAGGAGCAGGGCAGCGCGGUGGCAUCACCUGCAGGAAUCCGUUUGAGAAGUCCGCAAGGACUGGAGCGGAAAUAAUGCGCUGACAGGAGAUCUGUCACGAACUCGCCCAUUAACCAAAGAUAAAUCAGAGGGAAAACAGGUGGGAAAAAUCCGCCUCCGAUAAGUUUUUCAUUUCAAAAUAAGGAGGAAAUCCAGCUGGAGAUGAAUACCAACGAUGCCAAGGAGUAUCUGGCACGGAGGGAGAUACCUCAGCUGUUUGAGAGUCUGCUGACUGGUUUGAUGUACUACCGGCCCGAUGACCCCAUCGACUACCUGGAAGGCUGUCUGAAGAAAGUCCGGGAGCUCGGCGGCACCGAAAAGGUGCGGUGGGAUACUUUUGUGGGCCAGGAGAGGAAGUCCCUACCUCCGCUCAACGGCGGCCAGUCGCGCCGGUCCCUCUUCAGAAAUGUUUUGCCAGAAAGCCCCAACUUCCCCUACAGACGUUACGAUCGCCUCCCUCCCAUCAGCCAGUUCUCCAUCGAGAGCGACUCGGACCUGUCGGAGACGGCCGAGCUCAUCGAGGAGUACGAAGUGUUCGACCCGUCCAGGCCGCGACCCAAAGUCAUCCUCGUCAUCGGUGGCCCUGGCAGCGGCAAAGGAACACAGAGCCUGAAAAUCGCCGAGCGCUACGGCUUCCAGUACAUGUCUGUGGGCGAGCUGCUGAGGAAGAAGAUGAUCCACAAUGCCACCAGCAACAGGAAGUGGAGCCUGAUCGCCAGAAUCAUCACCAACGGCGAGCUGGCGCCGCAGGAAACCACAAUAACUGAGAUCAAACAAAAGAUAAUGAAGAUCCCAGACGCCAACGGUAUCGUCAUAGAUGGCUUCCCUAGAGACGUUGGACAGGCCCUGUCCUUUGAAGACCAGAUCUGCACUCCAGACCUGGUGGUUUUCUUGGCCUGCACCAACAGCCGCCUGAAGGAGAGGCUGCAGAAAAGGGCGGAGCAGCAGGGGCGACCCGACGACAACCCGAAGGCCAUCGACCGUCGCCUGACCAACUUCAAGCAGAACACCAUUCCUCUGGUCAAGUACUUCCAGGAGAGAGGCCUGAUCGUCACGCUGGAUGCUGAUCGAGAUGAGGAGGAGGUUUUCUGCAACAUCAGCAUGACUUUGGAUAACAAGCUGUUUCCCUCUGAAGAACCUGUUGCCGGUCCGAGUGAACUGGAUCUCAAUGUGCUGGGGGAAACUGGCAGCCUGGCAGAGGAAACCCACAAAGAAAAUCAGGCUGAUGAAGAGGAGGAGUACGCUGAAGGAGCCACAGAAAGUCACAGCACAGAAAAGAAGAAACCAAAGGUCAUCUUCAUGAUUGGCGGGCCGGGUUCGGGGAAGGCUCUGCAGUGCGAACGGCUGGAGGAGCGGUUCGGCCUGCGCCGCGUCACCCUGGGCGACCUGUUGUGUAGCGAGAUGCAGAGUCACAGCGAAAGAGGGCGCCACCUACAGGACGUUCUGGAGAGAGGAGAGAAACUUGCAGAGGAGACGCUGCUGGACCUGCUGUGUGACGCCGUGGCGUCUGCGGUCCGACAGGGAAAGGGCCUGGUGGUGAGCGGCUUCCCUAGAGACCUGAAGCAGGCGGAGGAGUACGAAGCCAAGAUGGGGGAACCGAGUGCCGUGGUUCUGCUGAGCUGUUCUCCAGAGACGAUGACCAGCAGGGUCCAGAGCCGCAGCAGAUCCUCCUCGUCCUCAGAGAACGCCAUGCAGAGGAGAGCCGAGAGCUUCUGCAGCGACGCCCAGGCCGUUAUCGCUCACUAUGAACGCAAAAUGCUGCUGCACACCAUUGACGCUGAGCGGUCGCCACCUGAGGUUUUUGUCCAGCUCUGCCAAGCCAUAGAGUCGUCUGCCACCUUCUGAUUUCCACCGUUUACACCAGGGGUGUCCAUUGUCCAGGACUGAUUUUGUGUGGCCCCCAAUCACAAUUCGAAAAUUACACAAGUUUUGAUGCAGAUGGAGACGUUUUGUUUUAAACCAGGGCAAAAUUAUUACAAACAAGUUAAAAUCUUCUUGUAUGGAAAAUGUUUGAUGCAAUACAAAGUAUUCAUCUUUUUAUUACCACGCUUUCUGUAUUCUCUUUAAUUUUAUUUAAUAAUUUUUAUUUCAAAUUUGCUUUUAAUAUUUUACACAUGGCUAAAGUUUGAUCCCAAAGUUGACCCUAAUGCUGUUUUACUACAAUGAUUUACACACCCUAUUCUUAAAAAAUAUAUACUUUGUUUAUUUACUGCAAAAAUACAAAAUAUUAUGAAAUAUUUUGUGUCUAGUUUCUAGUUCAGAUAUCUUAGAACUAGAAACAAAUAAGACAAAACUCACUUUCAUGUAACUUUUUAGAGAUAUAGCUAGUUUUAAGUGAAGAAUUUAUUAUCAAUGGAAAAAGUACUAAUUCCACAGGCAGAAUAUUUCACUUAUAAGACAUUUUUCCCAUGUUAUAUGUGAAAUAAUCAUAGUUAAGAAAUUAUUGACUAAAACAAGCUCCUAUAUUUUGCAGGAAAGUUGCUUAUUAACAGUUUUGUCUUAUUUCAAGUGUAAGAUAUUUGCAUAAGAAACUAGUAAGAUUUUGUGUUUUUGUAGUGUUUUAGUUAUUGUAUGCUUAAUUCAUUGUUGAGCAGGUAAAAAUAUCAUAAUAUUAUUUUAGAAAUUGCAUAUUUUUUAGCUUACAAGUAAAUCUGUCUUUACAAUUUUGACCCAUUUGACAAAAAGUUUGGACACUCCUGGUUUACACCUUGAUGUUCAGCCGCUCGAAGACCUUCUUCUCUAACCUCCACAUCAGUCACGCCUCCACCAGCUUAUUGAACUCUUGUCGUAUGCAUGCCUCACCUGCAAUCAGUUGCUCCCUCCUCUUCAUUUUGCUUCACCCACUUUCUGCUCCUCACAUCAACUUCAGUAUAAUGCUGCCAACUACCAGGCCAGGCUCAUUACUGUACAGAGAAAACAGCGACCCCUGCUGCCACUGGGUGCACGCUGGUCGUUUCCACCAGAGAUUGGAGACGUGUGUUCAUUCUUGUGCUCAGCACUUUGCUUUGUAUCGUAACAAGCAUGCAGAUCUAACAGUUAAAGCUUAAAACUACCUUUUGUGCAUUAAAUAAAAAAGCAGCGGAGUACUAAAAGUAUUAGGAUUACUGCAUUUGUGUGAUUUACAAGCUCAUUAUACGGGUUCUUGUUUGAGUCUGGUAAUCUGACAUUCCAAUAAAGCCUGUGCAUUUGUUAAAUCGA